AUGGCGGAACCCUACGCGGACCCUGAAACGGUCCCGCCAAAGCCUACUAAUCGGCGCAGAGCAGGCAACGCAGGGUCCAUCCUAGCUCGAACCGGUUCCGGCGACAACCACCAAAAUAUAUCCGGCGUUCGGCACGUUCGCAGGAGGGUUGUGGUGCCGGAGGAGUACGUAGUGCCUCUUCCGCCAACGCCUGGCAUCUACCGACAGGGCUCGUUCGGCUCCCGGGUUCUGUCACGGACCCCUAAGGAUCCAGGCUCCGCGUAUUCUAGUAGAUUUGGAUAUCCGGCCGACAUACCUCAGUCCGCCCCGCCCAUCCCGGACAGGAGACAUGACCGUCUCACAUACGCCUUCCCCCGCGUGUAUGACAAUGGAGGGCGCAGCUCACAGGAUUUCCGCGGCCCUGUAGGGAACCGUAGGAUCCCCAUGCAAUAUGAAGAGAGAGUUGGCCACUCUCGUUCCCGCUCACGCUCGCGCUCACCGCGGCAUGUAACCUCCGAAGUUAGCAGCGGUGUCCGCACGAAAAGGGCCCGCUCUCGUUCUCGUGGGAGCGAUGACUCGUCAUCUAACCAAAGCUCCGAUGUGAGCUUCGCACGGUCGCGCCCCUAUGGUGACGAUGACGACUUCAGGGAAGACGAAUUUACCACCACCCAAGUCUACGAGUUCAACCCCUCCCGUCUGUCACGGACUCCCUCCCAAGACCGCUCGAUAGCGGCAAGUGGCUCAGAAGGAGAGGGCCCUUUGCCAGAAGCUGAAAGGAGUACUGCUGGUCAAGUUGAAGGGUUCUCCACGUCGGCGACAACCCGAACGCUCCAGAUUUAUCGGUCGGAAUAUACGGGGGAUGCGUUCGCUGACGGAUCCCACUCUGCUAGGCUGACCGUGAUCCAUGACCCCAAGAAAACAAAGCAGCCAGUUUUCAGGUGGAUACAUAUUAAGCAGACCAGCUUGAACUUCGACGAGCUUUCGCACGAAGUAUCCCACAUUUCCGGUCUCGGGGAUGGCGAUAAGAACGGCCUAUCCAAGCUCCUGGCGGAGGUCAAGAAGAGCUGCGUAAAGUCUACGCCCGCUGCGAAGGGCUCAAACAUCAAGCAUAUGGAGCCGAGAUUCAUACAGAUUCUCCUCCCUCCCGAUCAGAGAUCCAAGGGGCAGACCCCAGCCAUCCGGACUGUUACGUGGCUAUGUGUUCCCUAUUUCUCUCUCGAGAAGUAUGCCGGGCCCCUCUCAGCGGCCAACACAGCGACCUUCCCGGCCCAAACCUUGUUGCAGGCGCAGUAUUCUGGCGUCCCUCAAGACCGCGAUAUGCAACAAGUGGUCCAGCAGCUCGGUCACGUACCACCAGAGAUGUGCUUUCACAUCAGUCAAUUCUGGUGUAUCAUCCUCGAUAACUCCCUCCUGAUUACCUGCGGAACGAACUCGGCAGAAGCCGCCAUGCAGAGCGACGUCCUCGAUAUUGUAACGGAGCCGCUCAAGAGCCCUUCCGCUGGUGGGGCCUUGAUAUAUGUCUACUAUACCGAAGCCGUGUUAUGGGUUCUCUCUAUUGAUGAGUGUGCAUCUUGGUUUGCGUUUAUAUCCCAUUUCCAUGACUUUUGGCCUCAGACCCUGAGCUUCUCCCAUCGGGACCGCCCCAUCACGGCGGAUGACUGGCCCCGGAUACUCAACCUUGCCAGGCAUUCGAAAUCCAAAACUAUGCUGUACCUCAGGAUUUGGAAUGCACCACGGCCGCCUGCCCGGGGUAUCCUCAAGCCUAUCGGUAAAGGUGCUAUAAAGUCGGAAGGUACAAACACGGACGAGCCACAGCAAGGCUUGAAGCCCCCACAGGACAAGGGGAAAGGAAGGCCGGAUUCCAGCCCUGCGCCUACCCCUGCCUCUGAAUUGGAUGUUCUGCCAGAUAGGGUGAACGACAGGUUCCAUGUCUUUAGCUGGCUGGAGACUGUUCUCACAACUGGCGAUGCCAACUCCCAAGUACAAGUCGAGUCGCUCCGGAUACAAUUACAGGAGGUUGAAGACUAUCUCAAGAACAGCACGAGCUUUUCGGAUCGAAGGGCAUACCAAGACAGCCAAGCAGCCACUCGACUCUCUUGCUUCCGGUACCUUAGAGACCAGGGCGGCUUGACAGAGGAGUUCAAAAAGCGGCCUCGGAUGAAGCAGGACUACGAGGACCGUAUCGAUAUCCUAAACGCCGCUGACAUUGUCUAUCGGUUCUUCCUCCCCCUUGGAUUCGACGGGCCGACGGUGAGGAAGUUCUGGGGCGCCAUCAACCUCUUGGUCCAAAUGCCAGCGAGGAGCAACCAGCAACGAAGAGGCCAAGGGUCGGGUCGUGCCGACCUUGUCGUCCCCUUGGUCAGGUCGUAUCUCAGGAAGCUCACGCAGGCGAUCCAGUCUUUCAAAAACAUCCUCUCGCACGCCCAGCCCCUCGAGCGCGCGAGCAUUACUGUCCCGGAUGGCCUGAUACGCGCGUGGUUGCAUCUCCUGAUGGCCAUGAUCUACAGCUCACAAGGCGCCUUUGCCUGGGCCGAGCAUAGCGAAGUUGCUCGGACUCUGAUCAAGGGAGGCAUGGCAGAGGUGAUCGAAGAGAUGGCUGGCGACUCACUUCUGAAAAAGGUGGUGAUUCUACCAAUGGAGGUUGUGUCUUUGGUCACGUUGAAGUUGCUCCAGGAUUCAACGGGGGUGUAUCCCAACAUCGGCACAACCUACUCGGAGUAUCUAGACGCCCUAGGAAACGAGAUAGCAACGAAGCCGUCGGACAGAUCUUUUCAGCACCGAAUCAGUCUACUCAAGCAGGAGGUCGGCGUCGUCCUGAGGACGGUAGCGGCGCAAAGCCUCAUCUACAGCGCCAUAAUCAACUCCCGGUUUAAGACACAGCUGUCUGGGAGCAGCGACGGUCUAGAGCUGCGUGCUCGGGGGAGACAACUGGCGAACUACGAUGGUCGCGACAUUGCCAGACCCGCCCGUGAGGCCAGAUAUGCGGGCCUGGAGAUGAGUCCCCCGCCCUACGCCCACGUGCCCAGGAACAGGCGCGAUAAUCAACAGACAUGGGCCUACGUUGAGCCCACUACCCGGCAAGACCACGGCAGACCUGCCCAAGAGGCCGGCGUGGAGGACUGGAUGCUUGCGCCUGAAGAGUUCUACAAGCUGGCGCCUACCGAUCCAGGCGGAUUUCGCGAUCUCCUGGCUGCGGAGUGCCUAUCGUUCCUGGAAAAGCGAGCUAGGGAGUUCAAUGGAUUCGAUCUGCAUGCAGAUGACCUCCAAGAAGAGAACAUGAACAAGUUUGAGGACUCCAAAGACAGGCAAGAACUGGCGAUAUACGCCUUCACGAUUGUCACGGUCAUCUUCCUGCCGCUGAGCUUUGUUGCGGGCGUGUUUGGCAUGAACACCAGCGACAUACGUGAUAUGGAGUUUGGACAGUGGGCGUACUGGGCUUCUGCAAUCCCCGUCACCGUGCUCGUCAUCCUGAUAGGGCUCUGGUGGAUGGGCGAGCUGGGCAACGCCUUCGCCUGGCUCGGGUACCGGAAUGGUGGCCGGAGGGGGGUGUACGCCCUCGCCUCGCCGUACAAUAGAUCGUCAGGAGGCAUCUUUACAUCCAGGAUACGGGUAUCAGAGGCAGCUCCACCCCCGCCCCCGCCCCCGUAUCGGAACCCGGUCCUGGAAGACACUGUUGUCUACGGAGCCCACAGUCGAGCCCACAGUCCCGAACGACGCAGAUUGCGUCAGAGACAGGGAGCCUACAGUUAUUGA